AUGGCAUCCCCACACAAAGAGGAUGCAUAUGGCCGGCUCGUGAAUAACCAAGAAGUUCAAAACAGCGGCGUUUUUACGACCAAUAAUACGACUUCUCCGAACAACACCAUUACCACGAACAACACCAUUACCAUGAUCAACAUCACAAGUGGAGCUACAGGACAGGGAUAUCCUGUGAAUGUCCAUGAUCAGACUAUGCCUGCCGACUUGAAUGAGACCAAUGACGAUCCGGUCCCGAUGGAUGUGCCAGAACAGAAUGGCAACCCAAAUAUCGAGGAGUUCGGCCCGGACGGAUCAGGCCUGUCCCUACCGAGAUUGUCAAGUGUACCUAGGGAGCUUUUUUAUGGCCGCCCGGGCCGUCUUGGGAUUAUUCAAGGGGCUCUUACAGCGGAGUUCCGAAUCGCAGAUCCAGCGCGAGACACCUUGGUCAAAGAGGAAAAGUACCGCGAAAACUCCCCCAAUCCCGAGCCCUUGGCUUCUCGACCCGUGAAGGGAGCUCUAGGCAUGAACAGCUUGCGCCGCUCGGAGCCGAUGUCUGCUAUGACUGUCGAUGAGCUUAUGGCCCUCGGAGCAGCCACGCCUGACCCAUUCGAAAGGGAACGAAGCGAUAAAGAUACAUGA